GUUCAUAUGGGAUGUGUGAGCAGUGAGAGUCUGUAUUCUGCACAAAGAGGCCCGAGAUGCAGCUCACACACUCGCUCUUCUGCCUGUUCGUCGUCGUGUCCUCUGCCCUGGCAGAGGACACAGUCGUGAACCCUAGAGGUGCUCGUCCUAUUGAACACGGUUACAAGGCACAAGAUACCUGUCAGGCAAAAGAAUGGCCUAUGUGUACAGAUGAUGACUGGGGAAGCAAAUGUCCAUCCGGCUGCCGAAUUCAAGGCCUCAUGGACAAAGCCGACUACGAUAUCCUCAAGAAGAUCGAGAAGAUUCGUAGUCUCCUGGACGAGGGCAAGAAACUUUAUCGCACUGCUGAUCAAGCGUCCAAAAGCACUUACACUUACCUGAGAGAGCGACUGACCUCUAGCUCCGGUAAUGAUAACAGGUACGCCUCAUUGGCUGAUCAGCUGAGACAGAGAAUUACUGAUAUCAAGAUUAAAAUCGACCGUCAACUCCGGUUACUGGAUGCUUUGAAGUCGCAGGUCAAAGAUCAAGUUAUUGUAAUGCAGCGACUUGAGGUCGACAUCGACAUCAAACUACGCACAUGCAAGGGCUCUUGCGCCAGCUACAGUGAGUUCACGGUGGACAAGGAGAGCUACGUGUCUCUGGACAAGCAAAUGGACCAUCUGGAUGCUCUCCGCGUCCAGAGUGUGGAGACAGUCAGUUCCCUGGGAAUCAUGAAGAGCAGGCCGUUGAAGGAUGUGGUGUUACCCUCUAUAUACAAAAGCGGAAAGGGUACGGCCGAGCAGAAGCAGCUCCUCUUCGGGGACGUGGGUCAGAUGCAGCUCACUCUGGAGGCGGAAGGUUCCACUGCCGAAUCUGCAGCAACUGUUAGCAAGUUCCCCACACCAGGUACGGGCUCAACUUCCUCCUCCUCCUCUUCCACCUCCACCGUCAAGCAGUGCACCAAGACAGUGCGCAAAGUGGUAACACACACCAAAGACGGCCCCGUGGAGAAGACUGAGGUUACGUCUAGCGGGCCCGGGUGUGACGAUUUAGUAAAGCUAGGAGGUUCUGAUUCCGAAAAAUCCAUCACUUCUCUCACUCACGGCACCAGUGAUCUAGGGGGCUUCGGUGAAGACUUCUUCAAGGGGCUUGGCACUAACACCCAAAAGUUAUCCUCUUCUUCAACCUCCACAAAAACAGUCGUGUCAGAUGGAACCAAAAGUUUCUCAAAGACCACCCUCUCUAGCGACCCAUUUUUUGAUGGGGAUGACUUCGGGGCGUUUAUGCGUGGUGAUGUUGAAGAGGAUCUGCCCGACAUCCACGCGCGAAGUUUGAAAUCGAAGGACGAGCGCAAGGAUGGCUUUGUUGGUGGAGAUUGCGUUGAAAUCCAGCAGAAGCAUGUUAACGGCGGUCAGAGCGGCCUGUUCAAAAUAAAGCUGGCUGGGUCGGAGGAGGUAGUAGAGGUUUACUGUGACCAGGACACUGGGAUGGGGGGAUGGGCUCUGGUUCAGCAGCGGGAGGAUGGGUCUGUUAACUUCAAUCGCACUUGGAAGGAGUAUCGAAAUGGUUUUGGGCAGGUAGACCAACAGGGUAAGGGAGAGGUCUGGAUCGGCAACAUCUUUCUACACCUUCUCACUCAGAAAGACAGUCUUCUGAGAGUUGAGCUGCAGGACUGGCAAGGGAACGAGGUGUAUGCCGAGUACAGUUUUAGAGUUGGCUCGGAGGCAGAUGGGUUCCCAUUGACCGUGUCCCAGUACACGGGGGACGCAGGUGAUGCGUUAGUGGACGGGCAGCCUAAGCUCGGAUCCUUCCUUUCACAUGCCGGCAUGAAGUUUAGCACCUUUGAUAGGGACAACGAUAAGUGGGAGGAGAACUGUGCGGAGAUGUAUGGUGGCGGGUGGUGGUACAAUAACUGCCGGUCAGCCAAUCUCAAUGGGAUUUACUAUAAAGGAGGCCAGUACGACCCCAACACCAAAGUCCCUUAUGAGAUUGAGAAUGGCGUCGUGUGGCUGCUUUUCAAACCAGCUGAUUACUCUCUCAAAGUAGUGAGAAUGAAGGUCAGACCUGUCUGAAAAGAGAAAAAGAGGGGAUUUGGGGUGGGGGGAGACAGAUAGCCAUUGCUUUGAAGGAUCAGUACCAAUAAACUGCUUGUCAUAAUGUAAAGCUGUAAUGUUGCCAUGUAUAUUUUUAUACAACCAUCAUACCUCAUGUUUCCAAUAAAAAUGUGUUCACUUUAA